AUGAUCGGGUCCGGUAUCAUCGAUUUCCAUCGUCAGCGACAGAGCGACAUGGCUGCCGUUCACACGCACGAUAAAAAAGAUAUGUCACAAUCUGCUAGUCAUCUGCUCAAGCGUGUACUUAUGGUACCACCGCAGUAUUUCACCGUUGAGUACAAUAUAAAUCCUUGGAUGGGAGGAGUCGUUGAUAAGGCGAAGGCAUUCGAACAAUGGAAUACGUUAAAAACGAUAAUAGAAAAGGAAGGAGUGGAGGUUCUUACAAUGGAUCAAACACAAGGACUCCCUGAUCAGGUGUUCGUAUGCAAUUCAGGAUUGGUUCACAACAAUAGCGUCUACUUGAGCAAGUUUAGACACAAGGAAAGAACCGGAGAGCAAGAACACUAUUUGAAGUGGUUUAAAUCGCAAGGAUUUCAUAUCUAUGGUGAGGACUAUCCGGAAUUCUUUGAAGGUGGUGGAGAUGCAGUGUUUUCGGAUCCGCACACCCUAUGGGCAGGUUUCGGACCGAGAUCAGCCAAAGGAGUUUAUGAACGGAUCAAGGCAAUGGGCGACUUCGAGAUUGUGAUCUGUGAGCUGACCCAUCCGAAUUUCUACCACCUGGACACCUGCUUCGCUCCAGUCGAUCAAAGCACAGCGCUCUGGUAUCCGCCGGCGUUCUCCGAGAACACGAAAAAAGAGAUUCAAAAACGUAUGCCAAACGCAAUCCCCAUCUCCGACGCGGAAGCGAACGCGUUCGUGUGCAAUGCGAUCACCGUACGGAACACUGUGAUCUCACCGAUUGGUAUUUCUGCAGCGACUCGAGAAGCGCUCGCCAAGCGAGGCUUCGCGGUCGCUGAGGUCGACAUGAGCGAAUUCAUGAAAAGUGGUGGUGCUUGUCAAUGUCUUGUACUUCGAUUGUAA